AUGAUGGCGUUGUUCUCGCAAGGAAUGCGUGUUGCAACUAUGCCCAAGCGCAUGGGGCGUGUACAGCUCUUUUCAUCUUCUGCUCGCGCUUUGAAUGCUGCGCACAAAGUUGUUGUAGUGGGUGGUGGUACGGCCGGCCUAAGUGUGGCACACCAGCUUCUCAAUAGCGGCAAGUUUGCUCAAGAUGAGAUUGCUAUCGUCGAGCCAUCCAACUUCCACGACUACCAGCCCGGAUGGACGCUUGUGGGUGGUGGUCUUAAGACGCGUGAGAAUUUGCGCCGUCGGGAAGACUCGCUCGUCGACUCUAAAAUUCAACUCUACAAGGAUGCGGUGACGACCAUGUCGCCUGAACAGAACCAGGUGAUGAUGGCAUCUGGUGAAAAGCUCGAGUACGAUCACCUUGUCAUUGCUUCUGGAUACAGCAUAACACUUGACUCCAUAAAGGGUCUUCGCGAGGCCCUGUACAACCCCGAGUCGUCUGUGGCAUCGAUUUACACCUACGACACAGUGGAACAGGUGUUCCCCAAGUUGAACAGACUUAAAGAAGGUGAGGCUAUUUUUACCCAGCCUUCCUCGCCCAUCAAGUGUGCUGGUGCGCCGCAGAAGAUCAUGUGGCUUGCCCUCGACCACUGGCAAAAUGCUGGCCUUUACAAGAAGGACCCCUCCUCUCCUAUCAAGAUCACUUUUGCUCAAGGCAUGCCGACCAUGUUUAGCGUGCCUCACUACAGUAAGGUUCUUGACGAACUGCGCGAGGAGCGCGGCGUGACCGGCCUGUUCCAACACAACCUUGUAGCGAUUGAGGAUAACGCCAAGACGGCUGUCUUCCAGCGUCCCGAUGGCGAACAGGUCAAGAAGUCGUUCGACUUUAUGCACGUUGUUCCUACUAUGAGCCCCCCCGAGUUUUUGAAGAAGUCCCCACUCGCCAACGGCGGCGGCUACGCCGAAGUGGACCAGGGAACACUGCGUCACGUCAAGUACGACAAUGUGUGGUCGCUGGGCGACUCAAGCUCGCUGCCGACCAGUAAGACGGCCGCUGCUAUCACGGGACAGUCACCUGUGCUCGUAGCCAACCUUCUGAGUGCGCUCGAGAACAAGGAACCCAUUGCUACGUACGACGGUUACACAUCAUGCCCUCUUAUCACCGAGUAUGGCAAGGUCCUGCUUGCUGAAUUCAAGUAUGGUCUCCAGCUCAAGGAAACCUUUUCCAAGUAUGGUCUUGAUCAAUCCAAGCCUCAGCGUGCCUUUUACUAUCUCAAGAAGGACUUUUUCCCCUGGGUGUAUUACAACAGCAUGGUCAAGGGCAAGUGGGCUGGUCCAAAGGGCUUCUUGGGCAGUGUUCGUUCUUUCUCCACAAGCGCUCGUAAUAUGCGCAACACACCUGUUCGUCACCCUCGUGAUCCACUGGACACCAGCGCCUACGCUACGCGCUUUCCUCUCACAUCGGGUGAGACUUUUGUGGUACGUCCCCCACCUUCGCAAGAAUCUAGCCGCAUGAAUGUGGAAGCGUCACAAGCCCUAUUUGAUGCAGCUGCUCCCCUAUCAGACGAGCGCCUUGCCAAUCUGCCACCGGCACUAGCCAAGCAUCAUCGUCAAGCUCGUGCCGCCACUAACCAGGUGACCGAUGAUCAAAUCGCACAAAUGCAAGUGCUUCGUAAUCAAGACCCAUACACGAACACCGCGGGCCACCUUGCUAAGGAGUUUGGCUGCUCACCCACUUUUGUUAGCAUUGUGGCGCCUGCCCCAAAAAGUGUUCGUCAGGCUCGUGAAGCCGAGAGCGAACUUAAGAAAGCCACAUGGGGUAUGAACAAGCGCAUCUCGCGGGCACAGCGUGCUGAGCGUCGUGCGUUGUGGUAG